CCGCCCCGGUAACGGCCGAGGAGGAGCAGGAGGAGGAGAUGGCGCCGGCCGGGGAGCGGCCGCCGCCGCGCCAGUGAAGAGACGGGGCCGCCGAGCGGGAGGACGAGGACGAGCAGCCGCCGGAGCCGCCGCCAUGGAAGGGGGGAAGCCGAGCCUGCAGCUGGUGUACCAGGCGGUGCAGGCGCUCUACCACGACCCGGACCCCAGCGGCAAGGAGCGCGCCUCCUUCUGGCUGGGGGAGUUACAGCGCUCGGUUCACGCGUGGGAAAUCUCUGACCAGUUGUUACAGAUCCGGCAGGAUGUGGAAUCAUGCUAUUUUGCAGCCCAGACGAUGAAGAUGAAGAUUCAAACCUCAUUUUAUGAGCUUCCCACAGACUCUCAUGCCUCGUUACGGGACUCCUUGCUGUCACACAUCCAGAACUUGAAAGACUUAUCACCUGUCAUUGUUACUCAGCUUGCUUUAGCAAUAGCAGAUCUUGCCUUGCAAAUGCCUUCCUGGAAGGGCUGUGUACAGACACUGGUGGAAAAGUAUAGCAAUGAUGUGACAUCACUGCCUUUUCUCCUUGAGAUCCUCACAGUCUUGCCUGAGGAAGUGCAUAGUCGAUCCUUACGCAUUGGAGCUAACAGACGCACAGAGAUCAUUGAAGACCUGGCCUAUUACUCUAGCACAGUAGUCUCUCUGCUGAUGACCUGUGUGGAGAAAGCAGGAACAGAUGAGAAGAUGCUUAUGAAGGCCUUUCGCUGCCUGGGGAGUUGGUUUAACUUGGGUGUACUGGACAGUAACUUCAUGGCUAACAAUAAGUUACUAGCCCUGCUCUUUGAGGUUUUGCAACAAGACAAGACGUCGUCCAACCUGCACGAGGCGGCUUCGGACUGUGUCUGCUCGGCGCUUUAUGCAAUUGAGAAUGUGGAGACCAACCUGCCCUUGGCCUUGCAGCUCUUUCAGGGUGUCUUGACUUUGGAAGCCGCUUACCACAUGGCAGUGGCUCGGGAAGACCUAGACAAGGUCCUGAAUUACUGCCGGGUUUUCACUGAACUGUGCGAAACAUUUCUUGAAAGAAUUGUUUGCACACCAGGCCAGGGGCUCGGAGACCUGCGGACCCUGGAGCUGCUCCUUAUCUGUGCGGGCCAUCCCCAGUAUGAGGUGGUGGAAAUUUCCUUUAAUUUCUGGUACCGCCUGGGGGAGCAUCUGUAUAAAACAGACGACGCAGUUAUCCAUAGCAUCUUCAAAGCCUAUAUCCAAAGGCUGCUCCAUGCCCUGGCCAGACACUGCCAACUGGAUCCCGAUCACGAGGGCGUCCCUGAGGAGACUGACGACUUUGGGGAGUUCCGGAUGAGGGUGUCUGACCUGGUGAAGGACUUGAUUUUCUUGGUUGGUUCUAUGGAGUGUUUUGCUCAGUUGUACUCCACUCUGAAAGAAGGCAACCCUCCCUGGGAAGUGACAGAAGCGGUUCUCUUUAUCAUGGCCUCCAUAGCCAAGAGCGUUGACCCGGAGAACAACCCAACUCUGGUGGAGGUCUUGGAAGGAGUUGUCCGUCUCCCAGAGACCGUGCACACAGCCGUCCGAUACACCAGCAUUGAGCUGGUGGGAGAGAUGAGCGAAGUGGUUGAUCGAAACCCCCAAUUCCUCGACCCUGUGCUGGGCUAUCUGAUGAAAGGCCUGUGCGAGAAGCCCCUGGCCUCCGCCGCUGCCAAAGCCAUCCACAACAUCUGCUCGGUCUGCCGGGACCACAUGGCUCAGCACUUUAAUGGACUGCUGGAGAUUGCUCGUUCCCUUGAUUCCUUCAUGCUCUCCCCAGAGGCUGCAGUGGGGCUGCUGAAAGGGACGGCACUGGUCCUUGCCAGGUUACCCUUGGAGAAAAUUGCCGAAUGCCUCAGUGAACUGUGUGCUGUUCAGGUCAUGGCAUUGAAAAAGUUACUGUCUCAGGAGCCCAGCAAUGGCAUAUCCUCGGACCCCACUGUGUUCUUAGAUCGCCUUGCAGUCAUAUUUAGACACACCAACCCCAUCGUAGAAAAUGGACAGACUCAUCCGUGCCAAAAAGUCAUACAGGAAGCUCAGAUCUGGCCUGUUCUGUCAGAGACCCUGAACAAGCACCGGGCAGAUAACCGCAUCGUGGAGCGCUGCUGCCGGUGCCUGCGCUUUGCUGUUCGCUGCGUGGGCAAAGGCUCCGCCGCCCUGCUUCAGCCACUGGUCACCCAGAUGGUGAGCGUAUACCAGGUGCAUCAGCACUCCUGUUUCCUGUAUCUCGGCAGCAUCCUGGUGGAUGAGUACGGGAUGGAAGAGGGAUGUCGGCAGGGGCUACUAGACAUGCUGCAGGCACUAUGCAUCCCCACCUUUCAGCUCCUAGAGCAGCAGAACGGCCUCCAGAAUCACCCCGACACUGUGGAUGACCUCUUCCGGCUAGCCACCAGGUUUAUCCAGCGCAGCCCGGUCACCCUGCUGAGGAGUCAGGUGGUCAUUCCCAUCCUGCAGUGGGCCAUCGCCUGCACCACCCUCGACCACCGGGAUGCCAAUUGCAGCGUCAUGAAGUUCUUGCGUGAUCUCAUCCACUCUGGGGUGGCCAAUGAUCACGAAGAGGACUUUGAGUUGCGGAAAGAGCUGAUCGGGCAAGUGAUGAACCAGCUCGGACAGCAACUUGUGAGCCAGCUGCUGCACACGUGCUGUUUCUGCCUGCCCCCUUACACCCUGCCGGAUGUGGCCGAAGUGCUCUGGGAGAUCAUGCAAGUCGACAGACCGACGUUUUGCCGAUGGCUAGAGAAUUCUCUGAAGGGUUUACCAAAGGAAACAACCGGAGGGGCUGUCACGGUGACGCACAAGCAGCUUACUGACUUCCACAAGCAGGUCACAAGUGCUGAGGAAUGUAAACAAGUUUGCUGGGCCUUGCGGGACUUCACCAGACUGUUUCGAUAGCUUGCGCUCCUGCACCGUGCCGGUCCCCAGGAAUGUCUUUUCGCAUUAGAAGACAGGAGAAAACCGAAAACAAGAAUGUGUCCCCCGCAACCAGAAACCUUCCAUCGUGGUGAAGGGGCUUUCACGCGUGCCCACGGAGCCCCGUGGGAAGAGGCCCAGCUCCCUAGGGCAGUCCUGGGGGCAGAGGGCAAAUCACAGCGCUCGGACAAGAUGGCUGCAGCCAGCGUGGCACCUUGGGAAGCUGGUUUCCUGUCGGACUCGUUUUAAAAAAGGAAAAAAAAAACUUUAAAAAGAAAAAAAAAGGGAAAAACAAAUGAAGCGGAACAAGACCGGAAACGUUUGCCUGGCAGCAUUUAGAAGAAAAAAAAAGAAUGAAAACCAACCACAAAACACGAUAAAAGUAAUGAACUUUCUGUGAAA